GAUCUAAUGCUGCUUUAGUGACCCUUUACCUUUCAUUUUCUUUACUGAGUCAUGAUAUGAGAGCAACAUACAAGGACUGUGUAGCAGUUCUAAACUGGGGGAUUGCAUCAAGACUGUUUCUUUUUCUGUUCCAAGUAGUCUCCAACAAUGUGAUCCCUGACCACACGGGAUCAAUGGAGGAUGUCUUCAUGAGACGCUAUCGACACCCUCCACACCAUCCUCUCGUUGAAGCUGCACUUGGUGGUUUUGAUAACUGGGACUCUGAGCAUUUCAUAUUCAUAGCUGAGCAGGGAUAUGGAGUUCACGAGCAAUCAAUGGCCUUCUUCCCACUCUUUCCCUCUCUCCUCUGGGUGUUCUCACAAACACUGUUCCGGCCGUUGCUACUCCUCUUGUCUUUAAGAAGUGUGCUCCUGAUCACUGGAUUCACUCUCAAUCUAAUCCUAUUCCCAUUUGCAGUCCUCUCCUUGUAUUUGCUUACUCUAAGGGUGUUCAAGAAUCGCCAUUUUGCAUUACUAACGGUAUCUCUAUUCUGUAUCAAUCCAGCCAGUGUGUUUAUGUCGUCUCUGUACACGGAAUGCUUAUUUUCACUCCUCACCUUUUCUGGGCUAUUAUCUUUGGAAUGUGGAUAUUUGUGGCCUGCAACUUUGUUAUUCAUGCUUGCUACUGCCACAAGAUCGAACGGUAUUGUCUUGUGUGGAUACAUUGGUUAUCGAUGCCUCCACUUAGUGUACAACCUUUUAACUACUGAUUCUUUAUUUACUGAGUCUCUGUUUCUCAUUGUAAAUGCUGGUUUGCAGUGUGUUCUCAUAGUGUCCCCAUUGGCUUUAUUUCAGUACUAUGGCUACCAACUUUACUGUACACCAAAGGAUGACAUUUCGUUGCCUAUAUGGUGCAGUUGGACUCUUCCCAUGCCAUACAACUACAUACAAGACCACUAUUGGAACAAUGGGUUUAUGAGAUACUUUCAACUGAAGCAGAUCCCCAACUUCAUUAUCGCUGCUCCGAUGAUCAUCUUGUCUUCUUGCUGCAUCGUUAAGUACUUCAGAGCACCCAAAGGGACAAGCAAUAACAAAACCAACAUUGAGAGUGUUCACAUGCGCCCGUAUGUUGUCUGCCUCACAUUCCUCGUUGUAUUUGGAACGUUCUUCAUGAAUGUACAAGUGAUUACCAGGUUUAUAUGCUCGGCCUCACCUCUGGUCUACUGGUUCUCUGCUACUGCUCUUCUUGCGUCAUACAAACCAUUCAAACUAACCGAGUACAAGAAAGCUGAUUUACCUGGAGCUUGUAACAUGGCUAGACUCGUGCUAAAGACUGUAUUUAAUCAUCCUGAAAAAACUAGCAGCAAAUUAAUUAUUAUAUACUUCAUAUUGUAUGUAUUCUUAGGUUUGGUUUUACACUGUAAUUUUUUUCCUUGGACAUAGUCUAUAAUUAUUUUUUGGGAUCUUCA